CAGCGGGCGAGGACGCGAUGGCGGUGCGGCUAGCUGGGCGCGGGGGACCCGGGGCUGCCGGCCGGCGGCGGUGGCUGCUGCUGGCGCCCCUGCUGCUGGGCCCGCUGUUGGCGCGGCCGGCCGAGGCGCUGGUGGAGGGGUUGUACUGCGGCACGCGCGACUGCUACGAGGUGCUGGGCGUGAGCCGCUCGGCCGGGAAGGCAGACAUCGCGCGGGCCUACCGCCAGCUGGCCCGCCGCUACCACCCCGACCGCUACCGGCCCGAGCCCGGCGACCGCCCCGGGACCGCGCCACCCAGCGCCGAGGCUUUCCUGCUGGUGGCCACCGCCUACGAGACUCUAAAGGAUGAAGAAACACGGAAAGAUUAUGACUACAUGCUGGAUCACCCAGAAGAGUACUACAGCCAUUACUACCAUUACUACAGCAGGCGCCUAGCCCCAAAGGUGGAUGUGAGGGUGGUGAUCCUGGUCAGUGUGUGUGCCAUCUCAGUGUUUCAGUAUUUCAGUUGGUGGAAUAGCUACAAUAAAGCAAUCAACUACCUAGCCACAGUGCCGAAGUAUCGCAUCCAGGCAACAGAAAUUGCCAAGGAGCAGGGACUGCUCAAAAAAGCCAAAGAAAAAGGCAAAGCCAAAAAGUCUAAAGAAGAAAUUCGUGACGAGGAGGAGAACAUCAUAAAGAAUAUUAUAAAAAGUAAAAUAGAUAUUAAAGGGGGCUACCAGAAGCCCCAAAUACGUGACCUUCUCUUGUUUCAGAUUAUCUUAGCUCCUUUUCACCUGUGCUCAUACAUAGCUUGGUACUGUCGGUGGAUCUAUAAUUUUAACAUCAAAGGCAAAGAAUAUGGGGAGCAAGAGAGACUAUAUAUCAUACGGAAGUCUAUGAAGAUGUCACAGUCUCAGUUUGACAGUUUAGAAGAUCAUCAGAAGGAAACUUUCCUGAAGCGAGAGCUCUGGAUAAAGGAGAAUUACGAGGUCUACAAACAAGAACAGGAGGAAGAAUUAAAGAAAAAAUUGGCAAAUGACCCUAGAUGGAAGAGAUACAGGAGGUGGAUGAAGAACGAAGGGCCUGGACGGUUAACAUUUGUGGAUGACUGAAGAUUAGUGGUUGUUACUAUGCCAAAUCUUAAUUGUGAUAUUAUUUUCAUAACAGUUACUUUACAAAUGUAUCAGCUGCUGCCAGCAGUAACUAAAAUUCUGCAAGUAUUUGAUUAAACAGAAUAAUACAGAAAUUACAACUUUCCCUUAAAACUUUAUACAUAAGACAUUUAUGAUUGUUCAAUUUUUAUAAUCUAUUUGUGGAUUUUGUUAAAAGAUUUGACAUGGGGAUUUAUUAGUUGCCAUUUAUAAUUUUUAUAUGUUUAGUUAAAUUUGACAUGAAAAUUUAUUAGAUACCAUUUACGUUUUUUGUGUUAUGUGUUUAUUCUUCUGGAGUGCUUCCUUGUUUUUUCAUUGUGCUACAUUUUCCUGCUUUCCUGGCCUCUUGUUUUUACAAAAAAGCCUAAAAUAAUAGCAGCACUAGAUUAUAUUAUUGCGUCUUUCUGGACACACAUUUCUUCAAAAGAGUCAUUCAGUAUCAUGUUGUCUUUGCUAUAGUCAUUACCAACUCAAAAUAUGUUUAAAGUCAUCUCUCUAGGAGAGUCUUCUAGAAUCUCUAUAAUUCCUUCCUAGUCAUUCUACUUCGAAUAAGAUCAGAAACUCUCCAAGAGAGUGGUCUGCCUUCAUGUCCUUGUAGGAUGUUCUUGAUUACAGUCUCGUUAUAGGACUAACUGUAUUCUCAAACAUUUCUGCAGAAGGGGACCUUUUAAAAAGAUCUUUUGUACCACCAUAUUACUGUUUUUUUUUUCUUUCUUUUUAGCCUCUCCAAUUUUAAGAAAUGAAAUCUGGCAGGGCAGAAGUAGCAUACUGAGAAUUUGUAUGUUAUGACAUAUUUGCGUGGUGAAAACUCCACAGUACAUGAGAGCAUUUACAUGCAUUUAAACUAGAAAGAAGAUAGAACGGCUGCAUGCUAUUUCCUCAGCCACUAAAUGUAAAUGUUUUUUACACAGGUGGAAGUGAAAGUAAAUGACACGUAAUAUGACUGCAUCAAGCCUGAUACUACACCAGAGUAUCAGUGUACAUUCAUAGUGGAGAAUCAGUGCUUCUGUUCAAGAUCUGUCCCACUGCUUCAUAUUAAUAAAAUGGUGUUUGUCAUGCUGA